AACUCCAAGCAUACAGUGUAAAAAUGUCGUCGCAGGUGUAAUUAUUGGUGUAAUUUAGCUUUAUUUUCCGAUUCUCUUGGCGGGCGUAUACGUUUCAAUAAAUAUUUUAUUCCAAUUUUAGACUUCUAGUUACUAUUUUGGAAAUAGUGUAAAUAAAUAGUUGCAAACCAAUUUGGGUGUGCCAUAAAAAUAUUACCUAAUAUUGGACGUGGUUUCUUUGGUCAGAAAUGGGUGACGAAGUGGAUCCUUGCGAAUGCCUCUGGAACCACGAGAUGGCCAUGCGACGGCUGAUUUCUCUGCUCCGACAAGGGCAGUCAUACUGCACAGACAGUGAGUGCCUGGAGCAGCUGCCAGGGUUGCCGGCCCCGCAGUCGGCCGGGAACAGCUUCCUGGUGAUGUUCCUGAUGAUGGCCCUCGCCGUCGCCAUGUAUAUGAUGCGCCCGCGGCGUAACCAAAUACAGGAUGUUGCUAAACCGGACCGCAACACACAAGACCGUGACGGUGCCCCACCCACUCCGCCUCGGAUCUAAAACAAAACCAUGACCAUUGUCGACGCUCAGGUGAAAAAGGAUUCCAGUUAAUUGUAUUAUAAUAAAAAAAAAGUAUUACAUGUUGCGCCCACGUAAGAUAACUCGUCGGGACGUAAUAUUAAGACCUUGUUUAGAUGUAACUUAAGUGGAGAUUAUAUAAUGUACCUCUGAUUAUGUAGGGUAUGUACCUACCAUCCUGCAAGAUGCAUAUUUUGGCAUAUAGUGAUAGUUGCGGCAAAUAAAUUUAUUUUAUAUUAUUUUGAAUAUUGAUAUAAAUACUUUUACUAAUUUAUUUGGUGCCUAUCACUUGUUUAUAAUUUAUAUGCUAUAAAUUACUGAUUACGAAACGUGGAAAUUCAAAUUAUGUUUAUUAGCAAAGUGAUGAUUUUUUUUUUAUUUAUAAAAUCUCAUAUUAUUAUAUUGUAAUCUAUGGCUUCCAUUUUGUAUGUGGAAGUUUGUUCUUGUAAUAUUAUUUUAUAACAUGGGUGCUAUAAUUUAAAAGUUAAAAUUUUAAACAUUUUGCAAUUUACAGUUUCAACUAAUUCUGGGUAAUAUAUGUCUGAAUAUCAUCACAAGUGCAAUAUCAUUUAAAACCCGAGAUCUGAAUUAUAAUAUAAGGAAAUAAAUAAUAUAAUUGCCACAAUUUACCUAUAAGUAUAUAUUUGAAUAUAAUAGUUUUAAAACUCUUUUUGUUCAACAUAGCAAAUCGCUGUGAUUCUUUCUAGUUUAGUUGCAAGGUUAGGGAUUCAUUUAAAAUUCUAAGUGCACGAUUUUGUUUGCUUUUCACUUGAUUCAUAUUAUAAAACACAUCACUACUAAAAUUAAACAUUCUGUUGAGUAUUGAAAAAACAUAUUUAGUAAUUUAACUACCUUUAAUAACCAUGAUUCUAAAGAAUAAAAAAGUUAUCUAUAAAACAUGAGUUAAAAUUCUCAUUACUCGUGUUUUCAAAAUAAAAUUUGCACGAGGGUGCUAAUUCUAUACGACGCGAUAAUAUAAGUAUUUGGCACAUCAUAGAGUGCAAAAUUCUUCGAUUUUAACGACAUACUUACAUAUUAAUUAAAGGCCAUUAUUAAUUAAUGACCGUGGAUAUACAUUAGGGUUAGUUUCACAAUAGCAUCUUGGGUUGGGUUUAUUUUCGCUGUAUCAUAUCUCAAUUACUUUGCAGUAUUAUAUUGCUGGGAAAAAUUGACUUAAGACUAUUUCAAACUAUAAAAUAUUGUUGAACGUAAUAAAUAUUACUAUAUAGGAUUAUUAUGCAAAUGUUCAAGCAUCCAGUGCAUUCUUCGUGGUGGGUGUCUAGUUUUAUUGUAAUAUGUGUUUAAAAUUAAAUAAAAUUACUGACACUUAUUGGUUUCAUUAAAGAAAAUAAAUAAAAAUGUAUAUAUAAUAAA